AUGCCACCUUCUCCGCACUCGGACGGCGACGGAUGCAGUAGUGCCAAGGGGUUUGACUGUCUGAAAAACAAGGACUAUGACCAGGCCAUCGCCGAAUUCUCCAGAAGCAUCUUCUUGUGGCCCACCGAGGCUGCCUACUUCUGGCACAAGGCCGAGGCCUGUGUGUGCGUCUGCGACUUUGACAGCGCCAUCAUGAACUUUCGCAUGGCCCGCGACAUCCUCGCCCGCCAAGGGCAGUCUCGGCCGGUCUACAUGUCCAUCCGGUUCUCCAACGUCGCAUUUACGUGGGGGCAGAUCCUGCUCGACCACCUCCGGUUCAGGGAGGCCCUCAAGAUGUUUAUGCUCGCACAGGAGCUUGGUGGGGUGGCUCCAAGCUCGCUGCUUUUAAGGAUGGCGCUGGCGCACCUGGGGUUGGAGCAGUACGACGAAGCCAUCGAGCUCCUCUACGAAGUCACGGAGCUCCUGCCGACUGAUGUGGAUGUCAUCAUCUUGCGAGCCAAGAUCUACAAGACGCAACGGAAUGUCGACCUCGUCAACGUUGACCUCCAGGAGGCCAUCAGGCUGAGGCCCGACCAUCCUGAGAUCCCCGAGCUCUUUGAGUACGUCAUGCGAGAGGCGGCCGAUCUGAAGAACAAAGCCUCCGACCAGAUCCUCAAGGGCAGCCUGGUGAACGCCAUAUACUACCUCAACCAUGCCAUCGAGCUGGAUCCGCGCGACUGGAUCAUAUUGUUUAGGAGGUUGAGCGCCGCGCUUGCUGUGGUUGAGCGGGCCAUUCUGUUUGCCCAACUCGGGCAGAGCGACAAUGCCAUUGGCGAUCUCAACGCUGCAUUGGAGCACCCGGAGCUGGACCCAGAACGAACCCAAGAGAUUCGAAACUACCUCGGAAGCGUGUACAACAAGAUCGGAGUCGAGCAGUACCAAGCUCGAAACUACGAAGAGGCCCUCAAGAACUUCACCAUCGGCCUCCAGUACAAUCCCUACGAGUCUAUGAUUUACAAAAACCGAGCGGACUGCUACUACCUGGCUGGGCACUUGGAGCGCACGCUGUCAGACAACCUAAAGGCACUGGAACUCGAUCCCGCCGACAUUGAGUGUCGAAAGCGAUGCGGCAUUGUGCGGUUCAUGAUGGGCGAGCGGCACUUCAACCAGGGGACCUAUGUCGAGGCAAUCUAUGAAUUUACCAAGAGGAUUGAUGAGGCCCGCCAAGAUCUUGCCAGCUUGCUUCAGCUCCAUCCUGACCACACCGAGGCGAAUGCCUUGUACAUGACCUUGACCGGCGGCAGUCCACCGCUGGAUGGACUUGAGCCCUUUCCACCACAAAAGAUCAUCAAGCCCCCACCUCCCAAGCAAAGUACCAAGUCAUCAUCCAAGGCAUCCUCCAAGAUUCCGGAUACGACGACAUUCCAUGCGGAGCUUGCUCCGGCUCGCACACCAUCCUCUGCUGCUGCAUCUACCGCAUCGGGCGGACCUUCCCGGCGCACAGACGCAGGUGCUCGAAGUGGGCGGCCGCUGACAACGGCGUCUAGAGCAACGAGUGAGGGCCUAUCGUCCGGCCAUGCUGUGUCGCUUCCUGUGCUCGCCAAUGCAUCAUCCGAGGCGCCGUCGAAGAAUAGAGGGAUCAAAUCUCAAGUCGAGGCCGAUGCAGAGCCACAAACAGCCAAGAAGCCCGGCCGGAGAAGAAUGCAAACCCAGCCACCGCCAGUGAUUCAUGAGAAAGACCUGGUCUUUGGACAGAGCUAGAGGACGAUCGUCAGCAGCAGUGCGAGCCUCUGGAGCGAAAGGUCAUGGCCAGAGCGCAACAAAUCAUUGGUCGCUGAUCGAACAUCGAUGUGUCCCGAUACUUGCGUCCACUGCAAAGUCAAUAUCUUUGAUACCUAUGGCAACGGCUUUGUACAGAGAGCGGAUCCGGCUGUUGCACUCGCUGCUGCAUACUCGCUGCGGUCCAUGCGAGGUUGCUGUCUGGGCCUUACAGGCAAUCCAAUAAAAAACGGGACACCCGGGUUUUUGAC